CCAAGUGGAACAAGCUCCCUUCUUUCAAAGUUGCUGCUGUGUUGGAGGAAAGACAGAUCAUCUCCUCGAAGAACGGAGGAAACUAAAGGCUCUAGGAAGUUUCCAGUUUUCGUGUGAGCAUGUGACGUCACCUGAGACUCCAUCUUCAGUUCAUACUCUGAGGCCAGCUGACAUUAAAGUAGUCACUGCAAUAGGAAGUUUGCAAACACUAGCGGGAUCCAGCAUACAUCAUGAAGAUCUACUCCAAAGCACAGGAAAGAGCCUCCCUGAAGUGAGCGUGGAAAUUUUGGCAGCUCUUAUUAGCAGUUUUAAUCCCUCGGUCCUGCACCAGUCUCCUCUGCCUGGCACAAUGGGAGCAGCAUCAGACGGUCAAACAAUAGGCCUCUUGGAUCAAGCUGGAGAAAUAGUGAAGCUCAUGAAAGAGAACCAGAUGAUGGACUUCCAAAAUGACUGGAAACUGAUCACAGUUUUCUUUAGUGCUGAAAACUCCUGGUGUUCUUGUGUCUCCACACAACCGAGUAACUGCAUAUUGGACAACCUGGAAAAACUUCAAGAAGUCUUGGACUUCUUAUAUAAAGAAGUUCCCAAAGCCUUCAUAAAUUUGGUAGAUUCCACUGAGCUCAUAACUUCCUUUCUCAUGUGCCAAGAUCCUCAAAAUGCCAGCAAUUCAACUGGGAAUCAGUGCAAUUGCAUUCAUGAACACUCUACGCUAAAUGAUAACAUACUGAGGUGGUCCUAUCAGGAUGCUUGGGAAAAACUUCUCAAGUCUAAGAGGUACGAUCAAAAGGAUGAUUUCACUGUUGUUCUUCAGCCUUCUCUCCAAGAAACAAAUCUAUUACUCAGUCUGGACAGGGAUGAUUUCAUCGGCACAUCAAAGACACCAGUGGAAACUCUGGAAGAAUAUUAUACUUUCAUGGCUGUAAGCCUCUGGAAGAACAUGAUGGAACCAGUUGGGCAGAAGAAGCCGUAUGAUUUCACAAAAUUGCGUCAGAUCCAGUGUCCAUCUCAGGAAAAUCCAUAUUUGUUCACAUACAGAAAUAGUAACUACUCGCUUUCCCAAGAGGUAUCAAACACUAAAGAAACACCACAGGAGAGAAGUUAUGGAACAAACAUUCCUUGUUUCAACCACGGUCCCUCUGAUACAGUUCCAGAUUCAGUUCAUAAGUUGAGACCAGCAGAUAUUCGAGUGAUUGCUGCCCUGGGAGAUUCAAUCACAGCAGGAAAUGGGGCAGCAUCCAAUCCCCAUGAUGUUCUGGAUGUCCUGACUCAGUACCGAGGUAUUUCUUGGAGUGUUGGAGGAAAUGAAAACAUAAGCACGGUUACGACACUAGCAAACAUUCUUCGCGAGUUCAACCCAUCCCUGAUAGGAUAUUCCACUGGCACUGGAAUGCAAACCACAGAAAAUGCUGCACUCAACCAGGCAGUGGCAGGGGCUCACGCAAAGAAUGUUCCUGCACAGGUCAGAAGACUGGUGGACCGAAUGGUGAAUGACAGUAGAAUAAAUAUGCAGACUGACUGGAAGCUUAUAACGCUUUUCAUAGGAGGAAAUGACCUAUGCAACUUCUGUGAAGAUCCAAUACGCUAUUCUCCCGAAAACUACACCUAUAAUAUUCAAGUAGCUUUGGAUAUGCUUCACAAAGAGGUUCCACGGGCGUUUGUGAAUCUGGUGACAAUCCUUUCCAUAACAAGCCUACGGGAGUUGUACGCAGAGAAAAAUGUUAGCUGUCCAAGGCUUCUUAUGAGGAUGCUGUGCCCCUGUGUAUUGAACUACGAUGACAAUUCCAGUGAGUAUGAGCAGUUGGUCUACUUCAACAAAAGGUAUCAGGAGAGAACUCGUGAGUUAGUGGAGAGCGGAAGAUAUGACACUAGGGAAGAUUUCACAGUGGUUAUGCAGCCAUUUCUAACUCAUAUCAGCAUGCCCAAAACACAGGAGGGAUUUCCUGACAGUUCAUAUUUUGCCCCAGACUGUUUCCACUUCAGCCAGAAGUCUCAUUCCCAGGCUGCACGUGGUCUGUGGAACAACAUGGUGGAACCUGUAGGGAAGAAGACGGAUGAUCAACAAAUGGAAAAUGAAAUUUUCCUCAAAUGUCCAAGUGAGGCUGAGCCAUUCCUGAGGACAUACAAAAAUAGUAAUUACACGUACCCUAACCAAACUCCAAAUUACGGAAGCCAGCUGCUAUGUGAGGACAGGUCUCCAUCCUCCCCUUCUCCAACUUCAGUGCAUUCCCUAAAGCCAGCUGAUGUGAAAAUUAUAGCAGCCCUUGGGGAUUCUUUGACGGCUGGUACGGGAAUUGCCUCAUACAGUCUCAUGGAUUUGGCUACUGAAUACCGUGGACUGUCAUGGAGUAUUGGAGGGGAUGACUCAUUAGAGAACGUAACAACUCUGCCUAAUAUCUUCCGUGAGUUCAAUGCUAAGAUCGAGGGCUAUUCAACUGGCACGGGAAGUGAGAAUGACCCAAAUGCAUUCCUUAACCAGGCGGUUCCAGGAGCACAGGCUGAGCACUUACCAGCCCAAGCAAGAGCUCUCCUGAGACUAAUGAAAACUGAUUCAAGAAUUGACUUCAAUGCUGACUGGAAAAUCAUAACAGUGCAUAUUGGAGGCAAUGAUCUAUGCAACUAUUGUAAAGACCCUGAUCACUACUCAGCUGUAAAUUUCACCAGUAGAAUUCAAGAAACUCUUGAUAUUCUGCAUGAUCAGGUACCAAAAGCUCUAGUGAGUUUGGUUGGAGUGAUGGACAUCCUCUCUAUGAGACAGUUGUUUGUGGAUGCUCAAGUUCAGUGCCCCACUUACAUGUCAGAUUAUCUGUGUAGUUGUGUUCUCACAGGAGAAGAAAACUCAGAAAACUUAAGAAUGGUGAGGGAAGCCACUAGAGCUUACCAGCUUGGUAUUCAAAGAUUGGUGGAGUCUGGCAGAUAUGACACUCAUGACAAUUUCACAGUGGUCAUCCAGACUUUCCUCCAAAAUCCCAAGAUUCCUCUUGAUCAGGAUGGGCAUCCUGAUAUCUCCUACUUUGCACCUGACUGCUUCCAUCCAAACCAGAAGGGCCAUUCUCAGCUUGCCAAGGCUCUCUGGAAUGCUAUGUUGCAGCCUGUAGGCCAGAAAACUGACUCAUUUGACUUCGUGACUGACACUGUCCUCAGCUGCCCUACUCAGAAAAACUCCUUCCUGGGAACAAAUAAAAAUAGCAACUACACAAAUCCUCCUGUGCUUCCCACCAAUGAGCCAAUAGAGAAUUGGGGCAGUGACCUGUCAUGUCCUGAAAAGACUCCAUCCAGUCGUGUCCCAACAUCAGUACAUGAGCUCCAGCCUGCUGACAUCAAAGUCAUUGGAGCACUGGGGGAUUCCCUGACUACUGCAACAGGAGCCUGCACAACUGACCCACAAGUGGACUGGAGGGGAUGUUCCUGGAGUAUUGGAGGUGAUGGCACCCUGGAGACCCAAACCACUUUACCCAAUAUCUUGAAAAAAUUCAGUCCAAACCUCUUUGGCUUCUCCACUGGCAACAGUAAGGAAGCGGCUGGAUUCAAUGCCGCUGAGAGAGGGGCGACUUCGCGCAAUAUGCCAGCCCAAGCACGUGAACUGGUGGAGCUAAUGAGGAGCAGCUCGAGGAUUAACUUCAAGGAGGACUGGAAGCUGAUCACUAUCUUCAUUGGAGGCAAUGACCUGUGUCAGUACUGCUUGGAUAAGGAAGCAUAUUCAGUGCAAAACUAUGUAAAACACCUCCAGGAGACUCUGGAUAUUUUCUACAAGGAGCUCCCAAGAGUCUUUGUCAACAUGGUGGAGAUACUUGAGAUUUCUGGACUGCGUCAGGUGGCAGCGAGCUCUUCGGAGUGCGUUCUGACAGGAGAGAAUUUUUGCCCAUGUUUCUUAAACCCCAAAGAAAAUUCUUCUGAUCUACAAGAAAUUAAGAGAGUCAACAGAGAUUUUCAGGCUGAAGCCUUACAGCUGGUCAACAGUGGUCGGUACGAACAGCGUGAGGACUUUGCAGUUGUUGUGCAGCCAUUUUUCCGAAACACCAUUUUGCCUCUGGACAGCAACGGCAAGCCAGAUCUGAGUUUCUUUGCUGCAGACUGCUUUCAUUUCAGUGAAAAAGGCUAUGCUGAGAUGGCUAUGGCACUCUGGAAUAAUAUGAUGGAACCAGUUGGUGAAAAGCAGACUUACAACAACUUUACCUAUGACAGAUCAAAACUCAAGUGUCCAAACCCUGAGAAACCCUUUCUUUCCACACUGAGAAACAGCGGAUUCAGGAAUUCAGCUCUCAACCUGAAGAAAACGGAACCUUCAGUCCCCUACUGGGCUGUCAUUGUGGCAGCAGUAGCUGGAGUCCUGGUGGGUUCUUUACUCCUCUGGGCUGUGUCAGGAAGAAGAGCCAGGAGACACCAAUGUGAAGUCGAUGCAGAAAAGAACAUGAAAACAACAUCUCUGUAAAGCCAGUGGAGCAAAACAUCUGUCUCUGCAGAAUUAGAAAAACAGUUGGACAUUCAUCAAACUUCGUUUUUAGCCAGGAAUUUUUGGGCCCACUAAUACUGAUCAGAAAUGCACUGUAGGGCUGGCUUCUGCAGAUCAGUGAGGUGGACGAUGGAGUUCAAAAUGUUAAAGCUUUUUCACGCUGGGAUGCAAUUCUCAGUUUCAUGAAUAUUAUACCGGACUUGUUCAUGCACCUUGGCACCUUAUUUGCCCCUUUUUUCCUAUAAAACUCUGUGUAUAAAAUGUUAGAUACACAUCCAUGAUUGUGACCUGCUAUUCCCCAGUGGUAAGGUGUGAUAAAGAAGAAAAGUGAUUUCACAUGUUAGAUUCCAGUGAGACCACAGAGCUGAAGGUCAUAGCAGAACCUUUAGGAAAGCACACGGGAAAGUGCAACGCCAAGGAAACAUCCUCUAACACCUUCUGAUCAAUCAUGUAGUGCAACAGUCUGGCUCAUGUGGGACCUGUGGUGGAUUCAGUUCUCCCACAUUGGAAUCACUCUGGUUGUUCUCUAGGGAAGAAUUUGCAAAGUUUUUUCAAACUUCUUCUCAGGAGUUCAGAGUUGAUCUUUCCUGGAAGUUAGACAUUCCUUGUAUGAUGACUUGCAGGUCAUUUCCUAUGAUCUACUAGCAUGGAUGAUACUGCAUAUAUUCACUGUGGUCUUGUUUUUCAGUACCUUUAUUUUACAUGCCAAAUACUUUUAAUUUUGAUUUUGUUGAAACUAAACUGUAGUUUGUAAUGGCAUGACUUUUUUUUUUUUUGUGAGACUUCUACAUUUCCAUUCAAGAAAUGCAAAUAAGCAGAAAAUUAAAACUGUUGCAGGGGAAAAAAUUGUUCUGGGUUUCUUAAAUCUAGUCAUUACACACACACACACACACACACACACACACACACACACACACACACACACACACAUAAGGUAUUCAGACUCCAUUUCGCUUGUUGUUCUGGCCAAGAUAAAAAGAGAUGGGUAAAAUACAGCGUGUGUAGUCAGGAGCUGUAGCUCCACUCAUCCCUCCUUUGAUCUGCUCUCAGAGGUUGGACUGUUAGUGGUAGGACUGGUGUUUGCAUGAAUCCUAUCCACAGGUGUGCCUGAGCAUGGCAGCUAUAUAUGCAGCCCCAAACAGAGAUACAUUUGAAAUGCAAAACAGAAGCACCUGUAUCUUGUUUCAGUGCAGCUCAGGCGUAAGCUCAAACAGCGCAUCUCUGCUGCUCUUCCUGUCCCCAUCUUCAAUGUGCGUCAUUAUCCAUCUAGCUGAUGUUUGAACUGCUGAUGUUUAUUUAGUUCAACUAUUGGAAGCAAAUGCAUCCUUGAGCAUGUAAUGCAAGACGUCUUCUAUAUUCCAGCAUGUUCCACAGCAUCGUUACCUCAGAUACGUUAUAAGGUAUGAGGAACUUGAGCAAAUAUCCCAGUGGGUCAUGAAGGUGACAAUCUCUUCUCAUUCCUAAAUGUUGUUCUCACAAGUCCUCUUCCAUCCUGGAUACCCAUAAGUCAUGCAGCCCCUGGCUUGGGAAGGAAGAAAAAGAUACCAUUCUCUGUGGAACCUUUCAUCAGUACUGGGUAUGUUAAAGGAAUCUCAAAAGAGUAUUUCAGUGCUGAUGUUCUUUUCCAUAUUAUGUGUGUGUGCGUGAAGUGGGGUGAGCAUUCUAGAACAUGAGCCAGAGCUGCACUGUUCUCAAUUCAGGUUCUUCCAGCCUGGAGAUGGAUGCAAACCUGUUUUGGAUUUCAUGCUGGUGUCCCCUAUGAGAAUAACUCGAGGGCCCCUUCCUUAUGUAGGAAUCUGAAUUAUGUUCUGAGCUUCUGAAAGCCAAGACAUUGGAGGUGCAGCCAGUUAGGAAGUGAGACAAAAAGAUGGCUCUUACCUCCUCCAGUUUUUUGAAGGAUGCUAGUGGAAAUUAUUCUUGCACGGAAGCUUGGGUGACUCCGGAUUGUACUGCAGCUACUCAGUUCCCUGAAGUUCCACUCAGCUUUGUGAGAAAUGCUGCCUUUAAUGAAGCUUUCAGAAACCGAGCCUGUUGAGCUUAAACUAUAUUGGCUCUGUGCUGCUUCUGCAACAGGAGCCUUUUCCUCUUGCUUCUCUGGGUGCAGCUCUACUGUACUGUUACAGCAGGAGCACAUAGGAGAUGGUGCCGGAAAUCGCGUGCUCCCUAUUUAGCCUGUGGAAAUAUCUUCUGGCAUGUUUCUGGUGUAGACUGAAGAACGUGAUAAACUGCACAGACACUUUAAAAAAAAAAAAAAACAACAAAAAAAACAAGCAAGAAUCAUGCAAUUUUCAGCUGUUCCACAAGUGAAAUUGUUUCCUUGAAAAUAUUGAUGCCAAGUACUCUCUCUGUGCUCAUUAAGUAUAGGUAGGGUUAAGUUGAAAUGAAUGACAAAUUAUUAGGUCUGGAUCUUUGUCUGACUGCACUCAGUGUAGCAUUAAAUCAGAAUCUGUGCAUCCUGUCUGUCAGUUGUCUGUUUUCCCUCUUUCCUUAAUAACACACCCUUGGUUUCAUUGCCCUAUGGCAUGUUUCCUUGCUGCACUGCUGGGUGCAUAUUGCUUGCUGAUGCACAAAGGAAGAGAAGCAUAGGAGGAACUUCAAGUCCGUGUUAAAAAAAAAAAAAUAAUAAUAAUCAUGAAAUGGAUGGUGUCCUAGCCCAGGAUUUUACUUCAGACAGUGGUGAUCUCACCUGCUGCUGAAUAGCACCUCUUAUGUCUUCUGAAAACUGGCUUAGCUCUUGCACUGGGGGAGAGCUGCAGCUUAGUGCACAUGGACGGCUGUUGACCAAGGGACUGCCCAGUAUGGGUUAUUGCUGGGAGAAGUGCUGUGCUGUUGCCUGGCCCUGUAAACUGAUCUGGUCUUGAAGGGAAGUAGCAGAGCCUAAUAACUGUUGGCAGUUUGUCUACAGCUGAAGCAGCAGCUGAAUUGAAGUUCUGUCCUUUUUGUCUACUGAUGGAAAAGCCCUGGAUUUUUGCAGCUCUGCAGUUGGGUUAUUCAUGUUCCCUGAGGUAUUUAAAGGAUUUGCUAUUGGUGGGCCACAGGUUUGCAAUACUUGCGUUUUUUUUAUCCAUUUUGGAACGAAAGUAUCUGGGACUUUGGGAACAGCAAGAGGAAAAGCUAUCCAAGAACACCUCGCAAAUUACUUAAAGGAAACACAUUUUCUGGGAAUCACAGAUCUCUGAGUGUGAUUCCUAAGAACUAUCAUGUUAAAACUAUUUCUAUCCUGAGUACAGAGUUUGCUCAUCCAGAGAGCUGAGUAUUAUUUCUAACAGCAUUAGACUGAAUCCAAAAAAGAGUGUGGUGGAAGAAGGGAAAGAAGCUGGAAUGUUUAACAUUGUACAUGCUGAGUAUCUUCCAUGUAAUUGUCAGCAACUGGCCCAGAUGUUGCACUACCUUUCACCUGUUGAAUUCCUUUCUGAGCACAGUCAUUUUCUCUUAUAUAGUUUAAAACUCAAUGCUAUCAACUUGUAGAUGACAAGCGCAAAAAAAAAAAAAAAGCUGAUUAGCUGUUUUGAUGAAC